GGUGCAUAUGAUUGUGCUCGUGCCGUGUAUGCCCAUGCGCUUCAAGUAUUUCCAUCAAAGAAGAGUAUUUGGUUGCGGGCUGCAUAUUUUGAGAAGAAUCAUGGAACACGAGAAAGUUUGGAGACUCUUUUGCAGCGGGCUGUUGCACAUUGCCCAAAGUCUGAGGUAUUAUGGUUAAUGGGUGCCAAAUCAAAGUGGUUAGCCGGCGAUGUGCCAGCUGCACGUGGUAUUCUAUCCUAUGCAUUUCAGGCUAAUCCAAAUUCUGAAGAUAUUUGGCUGGCUGCCGUCAAAUUGGAAUCAGAAAAUGCCGAAUAUGAGCGAGCUCGCCGCUUGCUUGCAAAAGCAAGAGCAUCGGCGCCUACUCCACGUGUCAUGAUGAAAUCAUCCAAACUUGAAUGGGCUUUGAUUAAUCUAUCAGAAGCAUUGAAAUUACUUGAUGAAGCGGUCAAAGUGUUUCCAGACUAUGCAAAACUAUGGAUGAUGAAAGGGCAGAUUGAGGAACAGCAAAAUCGCCUUGAAUCGUCUGCCACCACAUACUCAACGGGUGUCAAGAAGAAUCCAAAUUCAAUUCCACUGUGGCUUUUGAUGUCGGGGUUGGAAGAGAAGCGUGGUGCAUUGACCAAAGCUCGUUCGGUACUCGAACGGGCGCGUUUGAAAAAUCCAAAAACACCAUUACUAUGGUUGGAGGCUGUUCGAAUUGAAUUACGCGCUGGACUUGCCGAAAUGGCACAAACAAUAAUGGCAAGAGCUCUGCAGGAAUGUCCACAAUCGGGCGAACUAUGGGCCGAGGCGAUAUUCAUGGAAUCAAGACCACAACGAAAAACUAAAUCUUUUGAUGCAUUAAAGAAAUGUGAACAUAAUCCGCAUGUUCUGCUGGCUGUUUCAAAAUUAUUUUGGUCGGAACAAAAGACUCAAAAAGCAAGAGAUUGGUUUAAUCGAACUGUUAAAAUCGAUCCAGACUUGGGCGAUGCUUGGGCAUAUUUUUAUAAAUUUGAACUAAAUUACGGAACCGAAGCGCAACAAAAUGAAAUUAUCGAGCGAUGUAAUGCAGCCGAGCCAAAACAUGGCGAGGAAUGGUGUAAAGUAAGCAAAAAUAUCAGCAAUUGGUGUUUCAAAACAACGGACAUUCUCAAAGCGGUCGUUAAAACUUUACCUACACCAACAUGAAUAAAAACUUUGCUUAAUUUUUUUUAUUCAUUAGAUUUUAAUAUUUGAUUUGGAAUAAAUUCAAUGAAAUAAAGAGAAAAUAAUUUUAGUUCCAUUGAAAUCGGCUUUAUUUCAAACAUUGUCAUGAAUGUUAGGUUAUGAAUGAUAUGGGUGACAGCGAGAAGAGUAACGAUGAAUACAACAACUAACUGACAGCCGACUGAUUGUGAGUGUAUGUUGGAAAUGAAUCAACGAAUUCGGUAUCGGCCAUAUUGCUAAAACCGAACGUCAACAAAACACAUUCGUAUUGCAAUUGUCAGUAAUAACUCCAUUCUGCUGAGACAAUAGGUGAACAAAUUAAAUUGGAAACAAUUACGCAUUUCUAGAUAUAUUUGCAUUUGGCGACGUAUUUUAUUAUUGGUACUGUUGUAAGACGAAAAAAAUUAUGGCAUCAUUGAAGCAUAUUACGACUGUGUUUGCCAACGGCAGAAUCCCAGUCCAUAAAUACAAGUCAGAAGUGACCGGUUUGACAGUUGUAAUUGGAGAAGUCGAGGGACCUUUGGUUAAUGGAUUUUUUACAUUAGCAACUGAAGCUCAUGACGAUGACGGUUUGCCGCAUACUUUGGAACAUUUGAUUUUCCUUGGUUCCGAAUUGUAUCCUUAUAAGGGUGUACUCGAUUUGCUGGCAAACCGAUGCUUGGCUUCCGGCACAAAUGCGUGGACAGACACCGAUCAUACAUGUUACACGAUCAAAACGGUGGGAAAAGCCGGCUUCCUCGAACUGUUGCCAAUUUAUCUCGAUCAUAUUCUAUUCCCAACUCUGUCCGAUGCUGGAUACAUCACAGAAGUACAUCACAUUGCACCCAAUGGUGAAGACAGUGGCGUGGUUUACUGCGAAAUGCAAGGCAGAGAAAAUAGCGCCGAGUCACGUGCAAUUUUGGCACUUUUAAGAAAUCUUUAUCCAAAUUGCGGUUACAGUGCUGAAACCGGUGGAAUUAUGCACAAUUUGAGAACUAGUACGUCAAAUGAAAAAGUACGCAACUACCAUGCACAAUUCUAUCGGCCCGAAAAUUUAACGUUGAUCAUUACUGGUCAAGUGAAGGUCGAAGAUAUUGCUGCUGCAUUGGAAUCGGUUGAAAAACGUAUUCUGAGCAAAGACAAGAAACCAAAAUUUGUUCGUCCAUGGUUUACACCCGUCGAACCAUUGGCUGAUACCAUCAACAAACGCAUCGUUUAUCCAUCCGAUUGCGAGGACUGUGGAAUUGUUCACGUUGGAUGGCGCGGACCAAAUUGUACCAAAGAGAAUCUCAAGCUGACCGCAUGUUCGGUUCUCUUGCGAUACUUGUCAGAGACAUCGGUUUCACCUCUUCAACGGGAAAUGGUCGAAAUCAGCGAUCCGUACGCCAGCACUGUUUCGUACAACAUUAUCGAAAAUUAUGAGUCGGCAAUUUAUUUCUCGUUUGAAAAUGUUCCGCUGGAUAAAAUUGAUUUGGUCUAUGAAAAAAUGCAAACGGUGCUUGGAAAUAUUUCGAAUGGAGACGAAAAGAUUGAUAUGAAUCGCUUGCAAAACAUCCUUGAGAGAUGCAUCCGCGAAUACUUUAGCAAUUUGGAAAGUAAUCCACAUGAGGCACUCGCCUUUGCUGCAAUUGCCGAUUCUCUCUAUGGUGAACAAGACGAUGAUUUUGACACCAGAUUAAACGUCGAUCGACAGAUGCGAUUGUUGUUGACAAAAGGUGAAGAAUUCUGGAUUGAACUUCUAAACGAGUAUUUAAUCAGUUCCAAACGCAUUGUCAUUCGAGCAGUGCCAAGUGUCGAAGAACAGAAACGAAUGACAAAGGAAGAAGCGACACGUGUGGAGCAACAACGCAAAUCAUUGGGCGAAGAGGGCUUAUUGAAGAAAGGUGAACAAUUGUCUGGAGCAGUCGCCUUCAAUGAAAUUCCUCCGCCACCCGAAAUGUUGACCAAAGUGCCUAUACCAAAUGUCGAUAAUAUCAAUUCGCUGCCAUCAACCGUUCAAGAGCGUGAUGGAGAAGUGUUUGGUGAUCCAUCGAAAUUGGCUGGUUUGAAUUUGAACGAUUUUCCAGUUCCCAUCAAUGUCACAUGCUGUGGAAUUGACUCGAACUUUGGUUACAUCAUGGCAUAUUUCAAUACUAGCAACAUUUCACCCGAGCUGCGAUCGUACUUUUUAUUGUUCCUAGAUUUGAUCGUAGAAUCGCCAAUUCGUCGCGAAGACGGUACUUUGAUACCAUACGAGGAGGUGGUUGCAGCUCUCGAAUCAGACACGGUUUCACUGCAAACUACCAUCGGAUUGGAAGCGACCAAUCAGUUUAGCUGUGGCCCCUAUUCUCAAACUGCUGUUUUGAUGCUCAAAACCGAUCAUAAGAAAUAUAUUCGAGGCAUUCAAUGGGUUGUUGACCUUUUGAAUCGCACUGAAUUCACCGUCGAACGUAUUCGUGUGAUUGCCGCGAAAAUUGUAAAUGCCGUUGCUCAAGCUAAACGAAACGGAAACUCAGUCUCAAAAGAUCUAUUGAAGGCUGUCUACUAUCAGGGAAAUUCAAAUGUGCGCAAAUGCUCAAUGAUCCAUCAGCAACGUUUUUUGAGCUCACUACUCGAGAAACUGGAUAAACCAGAUGAAGCAGCUAAAAUUGUUGGUCAUUUAAAUACGAUUCGCAAAGAAAUUUUGACACCAAAUCGUUUGAGCUUGUACAUAGCCGCUGAUUGGGAUAAAAUAGUCAAAGGGAAUUCCAGUGAAUUUUAUGAAAACUGGAAAAAACUUGUCCAAUCCGAUGACCAAGUCACUUUUAACAAACAAAACUACGAGCGCCCAGAAGUUGAUUAUCAACUACGUAAAAAGGAUAUACCCGAAGGUCAAACACUGGGUUUGGGCUGUGUGGAAGGUGCAUUUUUCAAUCAUGCUGUACCGUGCCCGAUUACCAUUAAUGAUCCCGACUACAUCCCAUUGAUGCUAUUCAUGCAGUAUCUCACCCAAUUGGAAGGACCGUUCUGGCGUCAGCUUCGUGGUCAAGGUCUUACCUACGGCUACAACAUGUACAUUCGGUUAAAUGAACAAUUGCUUUACUUUACUCUGUAUCGAGCAACUAACGUAACGGCCGCAUUCAAACAAUUCAAAACGAUUACGGAAGCACAACUGUCCCCUGAGGCUAGCUGGGAUUCCGCUUUACUUGAGUCGGCACGAAGUUCCCUUAUAUUCGAGUUUGUUGAACGCGAAAAAAGUAUUGAUGCAGUGGUACUACAGAAUUUCAUCUCCACCUGUUUCCGUGGCACCAAACGAAUUACCGAUUUGAAUGUUCAGCAAAUUCGUCAAGUGAACAGUGUCACGGUUGAGGAAAUGGUAUCUGUGGGCAAAAAAUACAUUAGCCAAUUGUUCACGCCAAACUCUCGCACAACAAUCGUGUGCCAUCCGGAUAAAGCCAAUGAGAUACGUGACGAAUUCACUACAUACGGUUUCAAAAUGACCGUUUCCACCAACAUCGAUACCAGCAUCCUUAGCUUAAAAGAUUAAAUUUGAAAUUUCUCUUUCAAAUUUUCGAUUUCCGAGAAGAAAAUCAUACGCAUAGCAUCGAUCUAUGUACGAAAUAAAAUGUUCAAUAAUUUUUUUUAACAUGAAUAAA